AUGGCUGGUGCGCCGGCGGCUGCCUUCCCUACGGUGGCGGCGGCCAUGGCUUCCCUGGACGACCUCAUCGUCUCUGCCGGUGCGGCGCCAGCGAUUCGGAACUAUAUCGCGGCGAGGGGGAUCUCUUCUACACCGACGCUCGCACUUGUGGCCGAGGACACGACGAACUUUGUGGCGAAGUUCGUCCAACCCUUCCUGUCCGGCGUGACCUUGGCCGGCACGGACCACAAGGCGGCGCCUGGCAGCGAAGACGUGACGCAGGCAGUCCUGGUCCACCUCUUUACGGAGGCCCAGCCCGCGCCUGCGGCGGGGCUAGCUCCAACAGCCACCUCGGCGGCCGACGAGCGCCCCCCAAAGCACUUCGCCCAAUGGUCGGCGCAGGUCAAUGCCUACGAGGCCAAGACCAUCGACGGGGUGAAACGCCGCUUUCCAGCGGCGCGCCUCCUCGGCGCCGAGGAGGUGCUGGCCAGACUGUGGCACGAGCACACCAAGACCAAGGACUACAAGCCCUUGGGCCUCGGCGAGAUUGUCUCCCGACGCACCUGGACGUCGGGGAUGGACCUGAACACUAUCUCGGCGAACAAGUCGACGGGCUCAGGCAAGGCCCUCCGGCUCGUCGACGGCGCCCUGGUCACCGAGGAGUCCGACGAGUGGACCCCCAAGGGCAUCAUGCUCACGCUCGACGGGAUCGAGGCGGCCAAGUGGGCCUGGAUCAUAUGCGGCUAUGAUGAAGAACGGCGCGUUGAGCGCUUCACCGACUGGUUCAGCGAGAAGGCCAGAUCGCGACAGGCGACGAUCCCGGCGGUCCACUCUUUCUGGGCCGACUCCAUGUGGAAGCUAUGCGCCGACAUGCGGCGCGGCCUCACCUUCGGCGCGGCCACCAAUGCGAUCAUGGACGACGCAGCCUCCUGGAACGAGCACGUCAUUGCCCACUCCGCGGCGGCUGCCAUGAAGAAGCAGGUCCAGAUCACCAAGGAAACCGGCGGGCCCAACUCGACGGUGACUGAGACACACCAGGAGAUCGACGACCAGCCCACCAAGGGGAAAGGACGGCGAUGGCCGCGACGACGACCCAAAAAGACAGAGCAGCCCAAGGGGCUCGGCCGCGGCGGCGGCCAGCAGACGCCGUACUUCCCCCACCAAGGAGGGGGCGGCGGCCGCGACGACAGCCAGGGAUGGCAGCAGCAAGGCGGCCGAGGCGGCGCACAGACCUGGAACACCUGGGGCGGCGCCAAGCGCAGCCAGCAGUGGGAUGAGUCCCAACAGCACGGCGGCCUCGUCAUUGAAGGCGAAACGUUUACCAUCGAGAUGAGCCGCAUCAUGAAGCUCGGCGAGGGCGAAGAAGUCGCCUAUGGCUACCGCUUGAUUGCCGAAGCGGAGCUUGCACCCAGCACGGUGAGCGACAUGCACAUGGCCUGCCAAGCCUCGAACUACGCUUCCAGUACACCACGGGGCGCCCUUAUACACCGGAGAACCCAGGUCUGUGCCUCCAUUCUGUCCGAAUGUGGCGGGGACGUGCAAGAGGCCCUCCGAUUGCUGCCGGAGGUCCGCCAGAAGUGGGAGGAGCUGGAGAGCCUUUCGGAGAAGCGCCAACAGAGCCUCGGGCUGCGUAGCGGCGGCUGCUUCGUGGCAACGCAAGCUACGGCCUUGGAGGACUCUUGGCUCCUCGGGGCGCGCCUGGACCUCGGGGCGGCGGCGCUAAGCUUCGCCGCGAGGGAGACUUUGCGGCCGAUGCCCAACGAGUGCUUCUCGGACCAGGACUAUCAGGAGGCACUGGGCCAGGAGCGACCCAACGUCCUUCCCGUCUCCACGUCCUUGUACCGGAACACCCUGAGCUUUCGGUGCGUGCAGGAGUACACAGCGGAGAUUUGGGCUUCUCCAGACUUCAGAUUGGCCUUGGACCGGAAGGGCCAGAAAUUCGAGGUCGGUUCGGGUGGCCAUGAGGUACCUUUCGCCUUCCACCCCGUGGACGGCGGAAAGGGCACCUUGAGCUGGCGCGAGGAGACUUGGAUUGAGGUGGCCAUGUCCGAGUUGCUUAGCCACUUGCGGAAGCACCGGCGCCGGCACGAAGUCUUCGAGGCAUUGUUGAGCACCCCAGAAAAGGAUCCUUCACUUCGGAACCAGCCAGAACCCUGGCACCGCACCGUGGCCGGGAGCUGGUUUGCCGACGCGAAGUGGUACGGAGUAUCCUCCUCGGAGAUGUCCGGCGACGUGCUCCUUGCCAAGGUGACCAGCGAGAAGAGCGCCUUUUUCUUGGAGUUUGAGCUGCUCCCAUGUGGUGUCCUUGUGGCCUAUCGGCUUCAUGAGUACGACCGCUGCACCUUCCGCGAGGCCGUCUGGACCUCCGACAGGCGGCGAUCGCUCUUCGGGGCAGACCCCGAGAACUCCUUCGAGCUCUUUUCGGUGCCCAAAGCCCUGGAGGACCGAGCGGGUGAACUGAGCCCUCUGAUGGCGUACGCCCCCUCCGUGGUCCUCCACAGCGCUAAAGGACGCUACCUGCCACAGAGAUUCCUCCGAGGACUGUUGCCCGAAGUGAUGCUGCCACAUUACGCGUUCUGGCAGAUCUCCGAGGUGUGCAUCGAAGCACGGCCGAAGGACUCCCAAAGCCGUUGGUUCAGCGCGCCUCUGAAGAUCCAGAUGCUCCCGGCGGGUUUGGCCAGAGUCACGAAGGAUUUCUCAGAGGAUCAGGAGGGCCCUGAGGGCCCGGAGCUGCUGGAUCCGACAAGAGCCUCCCCGAGCUCGGAGCUCGCGGUCUUUGCAGAGCGGCUUUCGAGGGUGGAGCCUUUGUCUCACAUUCUGCUGUGGACCUGCGUCGACUGCGAUGCUGCGGUGGACCUGGUAGAGAUGCCACGCUUGCAGCUGCGCUUCCGCUUGAGGGAAGGCCCUGUGAUUCGCGACUCGGGCGAUGGCGAGGGCCCCAAGAUCGCUUUUGAGCCAAAGCUGUUCUGCGAUGCUUAUGGUGGACAGCUCUACCUCGAAGCCACGCACCAUCAGGCCAUUCGACAGCUCCUUCCAAACUGCCCUCACGCACUGCCGCCUCACUGCCUCCUUCUGAGAUCCGAGUCUGGCGAGGCGAAGGUGGUGGCUCCUCUGGGCGCGUUGAAGCGGCGUCAGAGCUACCCAGAGCCGUUCUCCACAAAAGUCAGUCUGCAAAUCUUCGACGAGGAGUUCCUGUGCCCCACUGCAGCCUACGACCUCCCUCUGGCCACGGGCGCGGACCUGAAGUGUCCGAGUCUCCUGUCCGCUUUGUGGCUGCUGCUGAGCCGCUUGCUGCAGCUGGACUACGAGGGUGCUGUGAAGCUGCUGCCUUUCGUGUCUGUGGCUUCGGCCGAAGGCCAUCUGCGACACGACGAGGCCUUAGUAUUCCGGAUGGCCUUGAGGGAUACCUCGGACCGAAACCCGGAUGCUGUGGCCAUUCGCUUACGACUGGUGCAUGCCAGCGUGGCCUCCGUGCAGCCCGACGAGGACCUCGCCAGGUCCGCCUUCGCCGACGCGGCGAGCUACAUCUCCCACUUGACGCACGUGAGUCAGAGCUGCUGCAUGUCCCUGGACGAAGAGCUGGAGCUCUGGAACAGCUUGAGCUCCAUGAAGAGCGAAAUGGAGGCCACCAAUCGCUACAUCGCAUGGCGCCGAAGCGUUCUGCUGGCUUGGAAGCAAGGCACCUCCGAGGUGGAGCUGCAAUGGGCGCGGCAUUGUCCCGGUGCGUGGCUUUCCGGCGUCCUUGAUGACGAAGAGCAGGCGGCCUAUCUCCAGAAUCUGCCCGUGACAGAAAUCGACUGCAUCGGCAUCAAGGGUCAACCUCUCCUGGAGUGCUCGAAGUUUCGAAGCACCGAUUGGCCGGAGCUGCUGGAAAUGCUGGAAGGUGCUGCCCUGAAAGACGGGCUGUUCGCCACGCUUCUGGGCUUGUGGGAGCUGGGCAAGUCCGUGGAAGUGCAGCGACUGGCCACGAGGAUGCUCCUUUUCAGCGUGGCGCGUGGUCAGAGCUUGGACAGACGGCUGCUGCUCACUCUCUUCAUCUUGCAGAUCUGCUUCCCAAAAGGGCCAAAUCCCAGCAUGAAGAGCCCACGCCUGGCGGCCUUCCAAAAUCUGCUGCCCCGUCAGAGUAAAGAGCGGAAGGAGUGGGUGAACGCAUUGUUUGACUGGGGAUGUCGGCAUUUGCGCGAGAAUCCGGGCCUCGUCGAUGAGAUGCGGAGCUGGAAGAAGAUAGCACCUCUGGAUGGAUCUGUUUCUGUUCCUCUCUCAGACCUUCAGCCGACGGCCGUCCCUCGCAGCGCAACGGACUUCCGCUGUCACCGCCGGGUCCUGGCUGAAACGACGGGCAAGUCCAACGCCUGGCCCGUCCUCUCAGACCGAGAGCUCCAAGAGAUGUCAGUGCGCACACCCGCUCUGGUGGUGGGAUGCGAGUCGCUGCGGCCGACGUUGACAAAGGAGCCACUUCCCGGAAGCCCCUGGCGUCUGGGCCUCCUGCCUUCUUGGAAAGACAGCCUUCAGAGGUGCCCUGCGACCUCCCCGGCCAGCGCGGCGACGUUGCAACGCUGGAAAGACUCAGCGCAGGCCUUUGAGGCCCAACAGGAGCCCUCGGCGUUCCAGUUCAAGACCCGCCACGGUGGACUGACGAGUCUCUGCGGGUCCAACAUGGACAUCAACCUCCUGAAGGAUCUGCUGCAGGACGUGGAGACCUUCUUGCAAACCCUGCAGGUGCAGAAGGACCAGGACGUGAGGCGUGCCCAACAGGGCGUCGAAGCCAUGCUAGCCUGGUCCCGUCGACCUUUGCAGGAGACCGAGCACCGGGAGCUCUGGGACCUCGAAGUGGUCAGUGGAUUCCAUCCCCCGAUGCUCAGCUUCGAGUGGAUGGUAGCCUCUAUCCUCGCAGCAGAGGCUGGGGAUGUUGUCGCCGCCUUUUUGCCGUCGUCGCUGGAUCCCAAAACUUCGUUAGAGCUGGUCCAGCCCCAGUGUCUGGUCGACGCGUGCUUGACGGUACUGCUCCUGGCCACUCGUGCUGCUUGUGCUCGCCGGGCUUUGGUCCACGCCUUUGCCCUUGCAACCCGGCUCAGGCGUUUGCAGAGCUCGGAGAUUGGGAGCCUAAGCCUCGAUGAUCAGCGGGACCUCCAGAGCCUGGCCACGAAACUGGCUGCGGAGCUCGGAGCGAGCGAGGAGUUCAUCGAGAAAGAACCGGAAGGCGGCAUCGCCCUGGACCCCCAUUUCCUGCUCUUCGAGUGGCUCUUUGGUAAAGGGAACCUUCGCGCGAGCCAGCUGCACUUGGUGAGCCACUUCGCAGAAGCAGCCAGGUCGGGCAAGCCUGUGAUUCGGCAGCUCCUCAUGGGGGAAGGCAAGUCGGCGGUGGUCGCGCCGCUCUUGGGCCUGCUCUUGGCGUCAGAGGGCCUGGUUCUCCAAGUGGUUCCCGAUCCGCUGCUCUCGCAGAGCCUGGCUAUGACCCGGGCGCUCUUCGGACAGGCCUUCUUCCGGCCAGUCUACCACAUGGGCUUCGACAGAUCCGAUGCCACUUCGACUUCGUCAUUUGCCUUGUUACGCAAGCUGGCCACCGCAACCAAGCAGCGCGCUGCAGUCUGCUCCACUGCAUCCUCCAUCAAGAGUUGCAUCUUGGCCUUCGUCGAGGCAGAGACGAAAUUGAGCAGGCUGAAAGCGCCCCCUGCGGCCUCGGCACGUACGGCGUCCCAGUGCUUGGAUCUUGCCUGCAAACUGUGGCCUCGCAUGGCAGAUGCCUCCCACGAGAAGGAGCUCGAGUUCACAAGUAUUUGCUUGGCCGGCGUUUUGUCCACGUUCCAGUCCAGCGUUGGCGUCUUGGAUGAAGUGGACUUGCUGCUUCACCCCCUGAUGUCGGAGUUGAACUUUCCCGUGGGCGCUCGGGAGCCCCUGGAUCUUUCUCCUGAGCGCUGGGAGCUGCCCAUGCAUCUUCUUCAGCCCUUCCUGUGCGUGGACACGGAUGUGGAAGGCAGCCAAAGCCCCGCUUGGCAGAGGUGCUGCGAGGAGAUCAAGAAGGGCCUCAAGCAGCUGGCUCUGCGUGAGAGCCCCCAUCUGGUCCUGGUUAUCGAGGACUUCUAUUUCGAGCACCUGGAGCCUCCCCUGCGGCACUGGCUCUGCGACUACUUUCGUGGGCAUGGAGCCUUUAAAGGGAGCCAAAAUCAGGACUUUUUUGUGGCGUUGGGUGAGGAAGUGUCACUAAGCGCGACCGAUCGGGCAAGUCAGCUGUUGGUUCUCGGCCGGGACUGGCUGAGGCACACCCUGCCCUUCGUCCUCGCCAAGGUCAACCGAGUGCACUAUGGCCUGCUGCGGCAGAAGGACACCCGAGACCUUGAAGCACGGGGAUACCCGGCGCGAGGCACCCGGCUCCAGAUGGCCGUACCUUUCACCGGCCUGGAAACGCCUUCCAUCGCAUCGGAGUUUGCCAAUCCCGACGUCGCAAUCGGGUUGACCAUCCUCGCCUUUGGGCACGAAGGCAUGCGCCAGUGCGACGUGAAGACUCUGCUGCUCCUGCUGAAGUCUGACCUCCUUCGGGAUGCAGGGACUCCAACGGUGCAGCGCAAGGCCUUUCGAAGCUUCCAGGCAUGGACGCAGUCGGACCCCGACGAAAAGGACGGGAAAGCCUCCGACUCGGGUGGGGUCCUGCCUUUGGAUUUAAUCCAGCCGGAUCCUGCAUCCAUCCUCUCCCUCAAGAAGCUCUGGGCCGGAAAGGCACCCGUCUAUCUUUACUACUUGGCCCGGGAGAUCUUUCCGAAGGCUACACCAUGUCAGACGAGGAAGCUCUCCGCCUGCGCACAAGAGCUUGCUUCGCCGAGUCUCUUUAAGGUGAGGCUGGGCUUCUCGGGAACCCCUAGCAACAUCCUCCCCUCCAGCUUGCCUUUGGUGGAGUUUGACGGCACCACGGAUGGGAAGACCAUGGCUAUCCUCUCCUCCCCACACCUGGUCCAAAUCCAUCACCUCAAGUCGGGCUGGACCCCGCAGUCCGUGCUCAAAUACGUGGCCAACAGGCGACCCCACUUCUGCGCCUUGAUCGACACGGCGGCUCUCCUCUGCGGCUUGGAGAACGAGGCGGUGGCAAAGUGGCUCAUGGAGAGCCCCCUGACGGAGGAGGGAGGUGAGGGAGAUGCAAAAGAGGCCUGCAUCUUCCUGGCCCGUGGAACCGACCUGCCCAUGAUUCUGCUCAAAGGCGCUGCUUCGGCUGUCCCUUUGGAAGAUGCCAGCAUCCUUCCGGAAAAGCGCUUUUGCUAUUUCGACCAGCCGCACACUACAGGGAUUGACAUCAAUCAGCCUUCACUGGGAGUUGCUGCCAUCACGAUGGGAAGGGACAUGAGCAUCCGGGAGCUUCAGCAAGGGGCCUGGCGGAUGCGCGGUCUUGCAAGAGGGCAAACUCUGGAAAUGAUUCUUCCCGAAGAUGUUGCGGUCUACAUGCGCAGUGCUCUGGAAGAUGAGACUGCGGUGCCUCUUUCGAACAACUCCCGAGCGCUGCAAGACAUCCAAUCCUGCCUCUUGAUGCGCUCCGUGGAGCAAGAAGAGCUCCAAGCCCGGCAGCUCGUGCGCCAAGAUCUGGGGAAUGUGUGGAAGUCUGAGGCUCUUCAAGCUUUGAUGGCUGGUCGCAGGGAGGACGUGGAGGUGCUUCUGGAGACCGUGAGCUCCGAUGUCCAGCAACGCACGACGCGGAGUCUGCAGGAAUCUUUGAGAGAUUUGGCCGCCCCUUUUGUGAAGACCAAGCCUUUGGCCGCAGCUGUUGAGAGGGCCGUGGAGCGAGCAGUACAACUUUUGGGCGAUGUCGUAGAGCAUGGGCGUGGGGGAGGAGGCGGGGAAAUCGUUCGCGAGCAGGAGCAGCAGCAGCAGCUGGAACAUCAGGUGGAAUCCGAGAAGGACACGACGGUGAACCGGCCUCGCAUUGGUGAGAGCCGUGUGUGGGACCUUCAGCAGAAGAUGGAGGAGAUUAUUGGUGCUGUCACUGGCGGGGACAAGAUUCAGGACAUCCACCUCUUCGCUUUCCCGUCCGCGGCGACGAUCGCAGACACCCUGAACCUGGCCUCACAAGCCGGAUCGGCCACACAGGCAGCGAAGGGACUGGAGGCCCGAGCACGCUUGCAGAACCUUCGUCUCCGAUUCUCCCCAAACUCUCGCCUCACCAGCGAGAUUCCGGUGCUUCGCCCCGUUCUUGUGGCCCUCCAACUCCAAGCCGACACAUCCACGUCCUCCACGUCUACCCUGGCCUUGUCUCUCUGUGAGGCCGAAAGCAUCCGUUGGAUCCUGGAGACAGAGUCAGGUGAUGUCCGGGGCAGCUUCCUGCUCCAUAGCAUCUCUGAAGCUCCGAUGUUCGAAGCUCCAGGAGCCUCCAUGGCCGAACACCAUGUGCUUAGCCAAAGCCAGCAGACGCUGGCCGUUUCCCAGUCCGCCGUUAGCUUCUUGCGCUUCUAUCUUGGCGAGUCCUGGUUCUCUGAAGACGAAGUGCGAUGCUUGAAGGACAUCGUGGGCAAGUCCAAGCAGGACUUCCAGCGGCUUCGCGCGGGAUUGUUCGCCUGCCGGCGCCCGGGAGGCUCCGCAGAUUGGGCCUCCACGCCUUUGGCAGCCGUUUUGGGGGACCCGAGCCUCGCAGAAAGAGUCGUGCUGCCGCCGCCGGGCCCCACCUACCUGGAACGCUUUAGCACCGAAGCCUUGGCAGGUGGCCAGGACUUCGUGGAGACCUACGCCCGCCAAGAACCGAGCCAGGCCGGUAAGGACCCGGAGAGCAGCCGACUGGGAUAA